CAGUAUUGCGACAUCCUUGCCCCUAAUUCAAGGCUGCGACCUGCGUGCCUGCAAGCUUGCGAGGGUAUGAGGGAGGACAAGAGCACACAGCUCGGCGCCGGUGCUCAAAGAUGUCAUCUUCACUUCCUUCUAGUGGACGGGGUACAAGCAAUUCUAGCAGAACUGAGGCUGUCUCUCCAGCAGUGCAUAUUGAUGUCGAUGCAACACCCGCUCCUGCUGCCCUAGGUCAAGUAAAAUAUAACAACAUAUACAAUGUGUGGAAUUAUGGUUUUAGUGUUGGACAAGGAUUUAAAUGUGGGUUUUGUGGCACUUCCAAGAAAUCCGGAGGUGCAACACGACUAAUGCAGCAUCUAGCUGGAGUGCCAGGUGAUGUCGCUUUUUGCCAAAUGGUGACAAGUGAUGUGAAGCAAGCUAUGUGGACAAAGCAUAAAGAUUCUAAGGAAAGGAAGAAAAAUUUAAAGAGGAGCAAAAAGAUGUUGGAAAAUGCUCUUGUGAGUGAGAAUGGUGGAAAAGGAAGUAUUUAUGUGGCAAGCGAUGAUGAGGAGCAGCAGAUGCGCUUGGUAAUGGCAUUAUCAAGAUCAGAUAAUGAUUUGCAACAAGAAAUGGAUAUGAGGCAAGCCUCUCAUGAGCAUGGAUCUGGUAGUGGUAGUUCAUUUGCCCCAGCAGCUAGUGGCAGAUCAGGUAGCAGACCUCCAACUGUACAACCAAGGAUUGACUCAUUUGUUACAGCUUCUAGUUCUGUCCAGCCUAGGAUUGAUACCACCUUGAAGGAAGGAGUGGUGGAUAAACUUGCACAAGCUUGGUCCAAAUGGUUUCAUGCAAAUGACAUUGCCGGGAUAAAAGCUGAUUGUCCUUAUUAUCGAGCAGCAAUGAGGUUGACUCAAGAGAUAGGAACAACGAGUAGAUUGUUCAGUGGGAGUGACAUUGAUGGCCCAUGUUUGGAUGCUAACUAUAAGAGCAUUGAGGAGGCUCUUGAGGUCUUUAAAAGGGAUUGGAAGAGAUAUGGUGUUAUAGUCAUGUGUGACUCAUGGACGGGUACGACAAACAUGAGUAUUAUCAACUUCAUGGUGUAUUGCCAUGGGCGCACAUUCUUCCAUAAGGCUAUCAAUGCAAGUGAGCACAUGCAGAAUGCAGAAUAUUUGUAUACACAUAUUAAGCAAGUUUGGAUGACAUUGGCCCCGAAAAUGUUGUGUGGCUUGUCACAGACAAUGGGGCAAAUUACAAGAAAGCAUGUGCCAAGCUUGUUGACUUGUACCCCUAAAUUAUUUGGCAGCCAUGUGCUGCUCAUACAAUCAACCUAAUGUUGAAAGACAUUGGUAAAUUCUCUGAGAUUGAUGAUAUUGUGUCAAGUGCCAAAAAAUGUACAAAUUUCCUACAUAGUCACAAUAGGCUUCAUAAUGAGAUGAAAAGAAGGAUUGGAGGGGAGAUAGUUCGUUGGAAUGCAACUAGAUUUGGAACUGUCUUCAUGUUCCUCCAGAGUUUGUGGGAGAGAAAAGAUAAAUUCCGACAGUGGAUGGUCUCUGAUGAGUGGAGGAACAAUGCUUGGAACAAUGAGCCUGGCUUCAAGUAUGUUGAUAGUUGUAUGACAAGUUCUCAGUGGUGGGAUGAAAUCAAGAUUGUCUUAGAUACAAUUGGCCCACUCUAUUCAGUACUUCGCUAUGUGGAUGGAGAUGAGGGGACAAUUGCUGGUUUGAUGCCAAGAUUGUUGAAUGCCAUUAAGGAGAUCGAGGUCUAUUUAGGUGAGGGGACACAAAAAUGCAACAGAUACAUGAGAGUAAUUAAGGAGAGAGUUCAAUAUCUCUAUGAUGACACAUUCAUUGUUGCUGCUGCUGUCCUUGAUCCAGAAGGGCACUAUGGACUCCGACUUCAUGAAAAUAACAAGUAUCUGAGAGCUCUCGAAGAGGCAAUCGAAAGGCUAGCUGAAUCGGUUGAGAGUGGGGUUGAUGCAAUAAGGUAAAUCCGCACCUUUAUAUCCUAUGAGGGAAAGUUUGAUGGAAAAUUAGCAAGGGGUGCAGUAGGCAAAAUGGCUGCAGCGGAUUGGUGGGUAUUAUUUGGCGGUGAUACACCUGAGCUGCAGAAGUAUGCCAUUCGUAUUGUUUCACAGUGUGUCUCGUCUAGUGGGUGUGAGCGGAAUUGGAGCACUUUCGCACUAGUUCAUACCAAAGUGAGAAAUCGUCUUGGUUAUGAGAAGUUGCGGAAGCUUGUGUAUGUACGCCACAAUUUAAAGCAACGUCUCAAGCAUGCUGGUGCAGGGAAAAAUCAAACAAAAGAGAAAGAGGCUGAUCCGUGUGCUCUGUUGAUGGAUUGCACACUAUUUGACGAAUCAAACCCAAUCAUGGAUUGGUUGAAUAAGCCAAGAAUUGAAUAUGAUUUAUCUCUUGAAGAAAUGCUUGGUCGGUCAAAGAAGCAAAAAAUUCUUGCUUUGCAGAGGGGUGCUAGGAGGAAAGGUAAGAGGCAUGUUGAGCAUGAAGAAGAAGAAGAAGAAGACUUUGUAGAAACUGAUAAUGACACAGAUGAAAACAUUCCACAUGGCAGCCCUGCUUAUGCUGAGUCUGGUGAUAGCAGCUCAUCAAAAGACACAGACAAUGAAUCAGAGCCCGGGAAUGUAGGCAAUACUCUGGCCACACAACAAUUUGAAGAGCAAGCAGAGGACAACAAUGGAAGGGCAAGGCGUGCUAGGAAGAAGAAGAGGGUGGAUGGAUAUGUCUAUUAGCUACAGUCUUGUCUCUCUAGAAUUUAAUUAUGGACUGUCUCUGAAUUUGAACUAUGGACUUUUGAUCUCUUUCAGGCCACUUUUUAUGAAUUAUUAUGAAUUUAUCACUUAUCUAUGUUUCCAGUUAUGACUGAAUGAAACUAUGAACUGGGCUAUUAUGUGGCUUAUUAUGCCUAUGUUAUGUGCCUGUAUGCUAUAUGAACCUGUACUUGUUAUGCCCUCAUGUGAACUAUGAAAUGUUGAAUGUUAUGCUUUUAUAUGGA